AUGGAUCUACUGUAAGAGAGGACUAAAUAAGGGGACCCAGAGCAGCUAUAGCCAAUUAUUCUACUGACAGAGGAUGGAUCAGCCCACCAGCACCCAGACCCAGCACCAACAUGAACCCAUCAGCUUUGGAAUUGAUCAGAUCCUAAAUAACUCUGACCAGGAAAACUCCUCUCAGUCUGCUCCCAGGGGCUCAGAGAACACAAAUUACUUGGGCAGCCCAGUCAGCCGGUCGAGCGCCCCUUAUUCCUCCCUGCCAGCCUCUUUCCCUGGCAUCGGGGCAGCCUUUGAAGAAUCAGGAUCUUACAGUGUGAAUCUGAGCUUGGCUCCAGCUGGAGUCAUCAGGGUGCCAGCCCAUCGGCCUAUCCCUGGUGCAGUCCCACCUCCCAUCUCCAGUGCCAUCCCAACCAUGCCAGCUGUGCCCGGCCUUGGCAGCCUUAACUUCCCCUGGAUGGAGAGCAGCAGAAGGUUCGUGAAAGAAAGAUUUUCAGCUGCCGCAGCGCUAACGCCCUUCACAGUCACCCGCAGGAUCGGGCACCCGUAUCAGAACCGGACACCGCCCAAACGCAAAAAACCGCGCACCUCCUUCUCGCGGGUGCAGAUCUGUGAAUUGGAAAAGCGUUUUCAUCGCCAAAAAUACCUGGCCUCAGCGGAGAGGGCUGCAUUAGCCAAAUCCCUCAAAAUGACUGAUGCCCAAGUUAAGACGUGGUUCCAAAACAGGAGGACAAAGUGGAGGAGACAGACAGCAGAGGAGAGGGAGGCGGAGAGGCAACAGGCGAACAGACUAAUGCUCCAGCUGCAGCACGACGCCUUCCAGAAGUCGCUGAGUGACUCCAUCCAGCCAGACCCUCUCUGUUUGCACAACUCUUCCUUAUUUGCUCUCCAAAACCUGCAGCCCUGGGACGAGGAGGCCUCCAAACUACCCCAAGUUACCUCUUUAGUCUGAACACUUUUAUUAGACAAUUUAUGGAAACUAUUUCCUCUGAGACAGGAGAAGACUGGGCUGGAUCCACCGGGCUAUUUGGAAUUGGAGAUGGCAACGCACUUUCCACCCUGACUUCUAUUCAAAGUGUUCAAAACUGAGCGUGGUGCACAUUCUAGGAAAAGACUACAAAUAGGAGGAAACCCAGAACAGAAUUAUAUUCUUCUAUUAUGGCCAGCCUAUGGAUCACUGGCCAUUUAAGGAGAGAUUCCAGCUGAAUUGUUUAUUUUGCUCUCAACCACCACACAUGUGAACACACACAUAUACACCCCUUUCAUUUAUUUAUUUAUUUAUAUAUUUAUUUGGUUUUACGCAACCAGUUACAGAUUAUUUUUUUCUUAAAUGGAAAUAAUAAUAAAAAAAAAGCUCUAAAGACGAGUUGGGCAUUAUAUGUGUUAUAAUGUAACAAUAAUAACCUACAAAAUGUAUGUGAAUGCUGCACAUGUCCUGAAACAAAGAGAACCAUUUUCAUAAACAAAGCAUAUCAUUCCUUUGUGUAUGCAGCUAUGUCAUGCCUUAGGUCAGGGACUUUAUUUGUCUUGCUCUUAACAUUAAUCAAAGGAAGAGUCCACAAACAUGAGUGGGAACUUUUCUAUUUUACAUCAGACAGUAUUUGACACCUAUUAGUCUACUGGCAAGGGACAAGAGUUAUAAACAGCCUUUACAAUUAUGAUCGCGACAUCUAUAACCAAUGUAUACCCAUAUAAUACACAUACAUUCAUACACACACAUACAGCUACACAUAUUAUUUCAUUCUUGCACUGUGUGUGCACACAUUAUAUAUGUGUGUGUGUGUGUGUGUGUGUGUGUGUGUGUGUGUGUGUGUGUGUGUAUAUAUAUAGAGAGAGAGAGAGAGAGAGAGAUAUGUGCGUAUCUUUAUACACAUAUAUAUAUAUAUAUAUAUAUAUACACACACACACACACACGCACACAGAUAUUUGGUGGUCUCUACGAAUUAUCUUAAGGUGCGUAUACACGGUGCAAUAUUACCUUGCGAUUUUGACUAUAUAGUCAAAAUCACAAGGAAGGUUAGUGCAAAUCGCAAGGUGUUAGCCACCUUGCGAUCCUGAGGCAAGUCAAUUUUGACUAUCUAGUGCUAAAGUUUAAUCAAAAUUGACACUUAGUCAAAAUCGCACAUAGCCAAUAUCGCAAGUACACAUAGUCCAUAUCGCAUAGUCAAAAUCGAAGCUAGCCAAAAUCUCACUGUGUGUAUGCACCAUUACUCUCACCUAUCAUGUCAUGGAUGAGUUGAAUGCAUUUUGCAUUUUAAUAAAUUAGAAUAUGCAUUUAAUUCUGCCCAUGCGUACAAAGCACAAUUUAUAUUUGCUGGUAUGUAAACAGGGAGCCACAUUAUGUGCAUCCAGCUGCUUGCAGCCAGCACCAGAUUAACAAUGUGACGGUUGGAGAUCCAGCUCCAGGUUUCCACAUAACAAUAAGCCCAUCAUCAUGACAAUCUGAUGAUGACUGGUUGCCUAGCUGGCCAGACAUAAAUCAUAACUAUUAAUAUUGUUUUCUAAAUUUCUCACAAAAUUCUGCAACUAUUCUUUUUUUUAUGUAUUUAGAGAGACAGUGGGGCUGACAGUGUAGGGAGUGUACAUGAGGCACAGGCCACACUCACACAGCAUUGGUUACAGCUCCUUCCCUUCACAGUAUAGGCCCUUGAAUAUUUGGCCCUUAAUCUGGCCCUGUUUGCAGCUUCUUAUGAUUGUAGAGGUUGAUUGGAGAGAAGGAAGGGGUGUGUACGCUUGGCAAAGGUAUAAUUUGGGUGCACAGAUGCACAUGUGCCUGUCAGGAGAAUGGAAUCUUGCUGGUGCUGGACCCUAGCACAAGUUCCGAAAUAAUGACAAAAAGGCUCAUAUGCUACCCAUGAAGAGCUGACCGUGUCCUGUCACUUCGCCAGCUCAUCGUGGCUGCAAAUUGCAACUUUUUUGGAUGCAAUUUACAGUUUAAGUGCAAAUUGUGUUCAACUCAACAUGACCCCCAGAAAGGUUUCCGGAAAGGCCACUAAUUAAGCUGGCAUGGUGCAUUGUACUCAUGUUUAUUAUAGUUAAACGGACAGCAGUAUAAUAUAAAAAUCUGCUUCCACCAAUGUCUUGUAAAUAUUUUAUGAUAUUUUUAAUUUAUUCAUGUAGUA